CUCUCCACUCUCUCCUCGGCUCCCCACAGAAAGAUAACGCAAAACUCAGAAACAGAGAGAAAGAGAAAGAGAGAGAGAGGCAUGAGAACGAGAAGAGGAGCUUGGUAUUCCCCACCCGAUGCAUGUUCUGGGGACACCGCGACGGCGACGGCGACGGCGACGAUUAAGAGGACACGGGGCGUCGCCGGGGACCAGGCAGCGUGUCCCCGGAAACGGCAGAGUCUGUCCAGCGGAGGCUGCGAUUCCUUCGACGCGUUGCCCGAUGACCUCUUGAUCUGUAUCUUCUCCAAGCUCGGCGCGUCUGCUUCGUCCCCUUCGGAUCUCAUUCGCGCCUCGCUCACGUGCAGAAGAUUUAAUUCAUUAGCCUUCCAUUCGCUUGUUUUGUCGAAAGCUUCGUCCAAGUGCCUUGCCAUCGGGGCUAAGAACUGGUGCGACUCGGCUCACCGCUUUUUGAAGCUAUGCGCCGAUUCCGGAAACAUGGAGGCCUGUUACAUUCUCGGCAUGAUUCGGUUCUACUGCUUACUGAGCCGAGGGAGCGGAGCUUCUCUCAUGGCAAAGGCCGCGAUUAACUGCCACGCGCCGGCGCUCUACUCUCUCGCCGUAAUCCAGUUCAACGGCAGCGGCGGCUCCAAGAACGAUAAGGACCUCCGAGCCGGCGUCGCUCUCUGCGCGCGCGCCGCCUUCUUGGGCCACGUCGACGCGCUCCGCGAGCUCGGCCACUGCCUCCAGGACGGCUACGGCGUCCGCCAGAACAUCGCCGAGGGUCGCCGGUUCCUCGUCCAGGCGAACGCGCGGGAGCUAGCCGCCGUGCUCUCCUCGGCUCUUCCCACGCGCUCCUUGCUCCCGUGGAACCACCCACAACACGACGCCGACGCGCCCCGCGCGGCCGUCGCGGGCUGCUCAUUGCUCAGCGACUUCGGGUGCAACGUACCGGCGCCGGAGGUGCACCCGGCGAACAGGUUCCUGUCGGAGUGGUUCGCGGCUCGCAGCGCCGGCGGCGGCGGCUCCGCCGGAGAUGGCGGCCUGAGGCUCUGCUCGCACGCCGGGUGCGGGAGGGCGGAGACGAGGAGGCACGAGUUCCGGAGGUGCUCGGUGUGCGGGGUCGUGAACUACUGCUCGCGCGCCUGCCAGGCACUGGACUGGAAGCUGCGACACAAAUCGGAGUGCGCCCCACAGGAGCGCUGGAUCAACGACGGCGACGGAGAUAAUGACGGAGUUGGUGCGGGUAACGAUGAUGUCAUGGCCGUGAGUUGACGGCGGUCGGUGAUCCCCCUAAAAAUUCUCCCUUUUUCGGGGAUUAUGGGGGUUAGAUUUUCGCCUUUCGUUUUUUUUUUUCCUUUUCUUUUGGGGGUAACGGAAAACUGAGAAAAUGGGGGCGCAAUUUUGGUGGGGAAAAAAGAAAGGAAGCUGCAUGAAUUUUUGUUACGCGAGGAACGAGCAACUUUUCAGUCUUCUUCUUGUACAGCAUAUAUUUCGGUUCGGUGGCAUCAAAAGAGUAACCGGUUUUUUUC